AUGCCUCACACUGGUGGCUAUGCGCUGCGCAGGAAUGCCUCUUGCCUGAGCACUGAAACAGAUUGUGGUGGAACGACUCCUCCAUUUCAUGGCUGCUGCCCUGGAUAUAUGUUUUGCCCAGGGCCUCAAUACAACGUGAUCUGCUGCCCAUCUAACGCCGACUGCAGUCGUACAAUGGCUGAAAGCUGUGCGGAUAGCAAAGCAGAUCUCUACUCGUCUAAUAGCUCCGACUUAGCGAAUGAGGGGUUUUGCUGUGAGAGAGGCAGAUUUGCCUUCACGAUGAAGGACAUAACUAAUAAAGGAGUCGGAUGUGCAAACCACUUGUCUGAUCUACAAGCUAGCAUGCGCCAACGGCCGAUUCUCUCUUCUGCUUCAGCCGCAUCUACAACAACUUCGAGUACUACCACAUCUUCAACAUACACAAGGACUAGUGAACCACAACCGGCUUCGUCGACCAAUCCCGGGGCUAUUGCAGGUGGCGCCGUCGGGGGUGCGGCUGGCGCAGCGAUCUUGAUUGCGCUUGUGUGGUUCGUUGUACGUUGUCGAAACAAACGACGCCAAGGAAACGAAGUACGAUCUAUGCCUUCUCUCUCUACAAACCAGACCAAACAAUACUUACCGCAAUCAAAGAGUUGGCAUCAAGCAAGCCCAUCGGAGCUUGGCGCCCAAAAACAACAACAAAUUGCCGAAUUAUCUGGUGGGCCUGUGACCGACCAAUAA